CGCACACAGCACGGAGCAGCGCAUGGGAGUGCUAGCAAAUAUUAGUAUCGGUUUAGUGUAAUGUAGCCCUGUGUCCCUUACUUUAACACAUUUCAACUCAAAUUGAACAUGUUUUAGUAAGUGCCGUGUGUUUCUUUAUGACAGUUACUUGUAUGUUGGAGUAAUAAGGACAUUAAGCACACAAGGACUCUUUCUAUCUCGUCCCCUAAGUCAUUACAGUACAAUGUCUGCCUGGGUGACAAAAGAGGUAAUGAGAUGGGGAUGCCUUUGCAGCCGCAGGUCUCUAUGGCAACAGAGCAAUCUAAUGGGGAAGAAAUCACCCAAAUACACAUCUUUCCCCAGUCAGCAGUUAGCACGCAUAUGGGGCACAAAGCACCAUCAGACAUGCCUGGAAAGCAACCGUGUGAGUUCAGUGAGGUUCUACUCAAAGGGGACGAUUCACAGUGAGGUCCUGGAAGAGAAGGAGCCUCUUUCCUCUCCCCUGGCAAAGUAUUCGCUGCCCGAUGAGAACCAAUCUGAAAAGACGGCCCCAAAGGAGACACAGUGGACUAUAUCUUUAAUGAACCGCCUGAAAAGCUGUGGCUCCCCGUCAGACGUGUUGGAGCUCACCUCCGAACAUGCACCCACGUUUAAGCAGAUCAGCUCGUGCCUGUGCCAAAUCUGGUUCAGUACUAAGAAGAUGCCGGCUGAUAACCAGCGCUACGAGCUGCAGCUCAUGUUUGAGCAUCCUGGUUUUAACGUGCUGCUGCAACAAGCCAUGACGAGUGUGGGGCGAAUGGGCAAUGGAGACAUAGCUUAUUCUCUCCUGAGUAUGGUCAAUCUUGGGGUUCCUCAGAGCAGCCGUGUGAUCCAGACUUUUCUCCGAAGCUGCCAGGAGAAUCUGAAUGACUUUGAUGAGAAGAGCUUGUCCAUCUUGGCCUCCUGUAUGCUACACCUGGAGCCCAGCAACAACACUGACGCACUGAAGGAUGGCUUGAGGAUGGUGGUUGAGGCCCGUCUUCCCGACAUCAAGAACGUACAGGCUCUGCAGAAUAUGAUGCGCAUGUUGGGCAAAGACGCCACAAUGGGCCUCAAACGCAAAUUCGAGGAGAAGGCCUUAUCAAUGUCGAAUGACUUCAACCUUCUAGACUCCCAGCACAUAAUCACCGCUAUGGCCACAAUGAAGUUGCACUCCAAACCACUGCUGGGCAUCUGCAGUAAGAUAAUUCAAGAAAACAUCAAUGGGAUCCCCUUCAACCCGCUGUUUGAAACCUUGCAGUCGUACAGGCUGCUGCAAUACAAAGACUUGAAGCUGCUCACUGACUUGUCAGAACACGCCGCCUCUAUGAUCGACAUAUGGACUAAAAGACAGGUGGUCCUCUUCCUGUAUGUGUGUGAGAGGCUCGCCUUCUGUCCCGCCGCAUUAAUGGAGGCAUUCGCUGGAAAAGUGAUAGAAAAUCCCAAAGCUCUGUCACUGAAAGACCUGCUCUGUGUGGUCAAGGUUUACUCCACUCUCAACUACGAUCUGCAGCACAGGAGACAGCAGUUCCUGGAUAGUCUGAUCCCGGCUCUGGUCUCCUAUAUGCCCAAGAUGUCCAGCUUUGAGUUGUUGAAGGUGGUCUAUCAUCUGUGUCUACUGGGCCACUUCCCCUCUGCACUCCUGGAGCCCCUCCUGCAGAGCAGCACACUGGAGAAGUUUAAAUUCACAGAUCCCAAUUACGUCCCCAACCAGGAGAGGAUGUUUCAGACGGUGAACUUGUGCCUCCAUCUUGAGCAUCCUGCGUUCCCUCAGCCCCUGACGGUGCCCCCCACUGUCAUGGGAGCCCCCGCCCUGGACAGUCGAGCUGUGAUCCCGGAGCUCUUGCAGUGCCUGCAGAGCAUGAUGGAGGACCAGGCGAACACCACUCUGCAGGAGAGGGUGUUGCUGUUGGGCUUCUACUUCAUAGAUGGAGUGAUAACCAAACCUCUGCCGUCUGAGACUGAUAGCGGCAGUGCAGAGAGCAGACCGAGGAUUGCAGUCCUUUUCCCAGCACACUCUAGUUUCUGCUUUGGCACGUCCCAUCCCCGCGGCAUUCUGGCUCUCAAGAUGCGCCACCUGAAGACCCUCGGAUAUGACCCUGUCUGGGUGACGGAGCAGGAGCUGCAAUCUACGCCAGAGGAAAAGAGGACGGAUUUCCUCAGGGGUCGGAUUUUUCCAGAACUCAGAUCACAAGCUGAAGUGGAGAAACUAAACCUAAACACUAACCAGGAGUCACAAACUGUGUAAUCAUCAUGAACACACAGGUUGUGGUUAGCUAUUUAUAGCUUUGUAUAGAAUGAGGAAGAGAAACAAAUAAAGUAUUGUUAUAAAUGUG